CAGCCGUUCACGCCGUACGUCAUGCCAACGUUCUCGCCUGUAGCCGGAGACGCCCCCUCUUCCGGAUCCGCUUCCUCCAUUGUCGCUGGCGCAGUGAGCGGCUACCACUCGCUGAAGAUCGUCGGCUAUUCGCGCACCAAGGAGCUCCCAAACGGCCAGCAUAUCGAAUCCCGCCCGUUCCGGGUGGGAGGCCGCACAUGGCGUGUGCGCUACUGGCCCAACGGGUGGAAAUCCAACAGCAUCGAUUUCAUAUCCUUCUUUCUCAGACUUGGUGAUACUCUUGCCGAAGGCGAGACCGUGAAGGCACAAUAUAAGUUCAGCUUACUCGACCAACAUGGGAAGCCGGUGCCGGCUUAUACCAAGACGGGCAGAAUCCGUGACUUUUCCGUGGAUGAACAAUCUUGGGGAUUUAACAAGUUUAUCACAAGGGAGGCAUUGGAGAAAUCAGAGCAUCUCAAGGACGAUUCCUUCAGUGUCAAGGUCGAUGUAAUUGUCAUGGGUGACUUCCACACGCAGGACACGCCAUCCAUCGUGCUGCCACCGUCUGACAUGCACCGGCACUUCGGUGAUCUCCUGUCGAGCAAGGUGGGUGUCGAUGUUGAAUUCCGGGUUGGCGGGGAGACAUUCUCUGCGCACCGGUCCGUGCUCGCUGCGCGGUCUCCGGUCUUCAGAGCACAGUUCUAUGGCCCCAUGAAGGAGGGAACCACCACAGAGGCCAUAUGCAUAGAUGACAUUGAGGCACACGUCUUUAAUGCUCUGCUUUCCUUCAUCUACACAGAUGCGUUUCCAGAUAUUAUGCAAGAAGAAGAAUAUGCCAUGGCUCAGCAUCUGCUUGUUGCUGCGGACAAGUAUGAUCUGGACAGGCUGAAGCUGAUUUGUGAAGAUAAGUUGAGCAGUGGUAUCAGUACGAGCUCUGUGGCGGCCUUCUUGGCGUUGGCGGAUCAGCACCACUGCCAUGACCUUAAGGCGGCAUGCUUGGAGUUUCUCAGCUCGCCGACGAAUCUGGUUGCAGCCAUGGAGUCUGAAGGUUUUGAGUUCUUAACUAAGAGCUGCCCUGGUGUUAUGAAGGAUCUCCUAAUGUCCCAGGUUGUUCCUACUUUACUUGGGAAAAGAAAAUCAAGUGCAUCAACGUGAGGUUUCAGUCCUGAUGUGAUCUGCAAUCAUCGACGAAGUUAGUAAAAGACCCUACAUGCUUUCUAAUGCUAGUAUUAGUAGAUUUAUGUGUAGUUUGGUUCUCACAAGGAUGCGAUGUUGUUGCUCCUUUUUGUUUGGUCAUCGUAUCCUUCGCUGAGAAUUAUUAUUAACGGUUUUACAAGUCAUGUGCAAACCAAGAACCAUGUAUGCUAAUUAGUGAAGUUUAUAAGACUUUAAACUAGUUGCCA